AUGAAGACCACUCUGCUCAUUGCCAGCUUGGUUGCUGGUGCCGUUGCCCUCCCCUCCGACACACACACUGUUCACCAGCGGCGCAAUCUGGCCCAGGAUGUGCGCUUCGAGAAGCGAGCCGCUGUCGAAUCCAGUGCCAAGAUCCCAUUCGAGAUUGCUCUGAAGCAGGGCAGCCUUCAAGAGGCAGAGGACAUACUUUACGACAUCUCCAACCCCGUCUCGCCCAACUACGGCAAGCACCUGUCCAAGGAAGACGUCGUCAAGCUGUUUGCUGCCAAUGACAAGAGCAUCGACUCCGUCAAGCAGUGGCUGGUUGGCCAGGGCAUCGCCGAAAAGGACAUCCGCGUCAACCCCACCAAAACUUGGAUCACCGUGGACACCACCGCUGGCGUCGUCGAGAGGGCCCUGAAGACGAGGUAUCAUAUCUACCGCAGCACCGCUUCGGGCCAGGACCACAUUGGCGCCGAAGAGUACAGUCUGCCCAACAACCUUCUCGACAUUGUCGACUUUAUCCGCCCCGGUCCUGCCAUGACCAAGGUCACCGUCCGCGCGACAAAGCCCGCCACCGGCGACGCUGCCAUUGGCGAGCCCGUCCGCAAGCUGAGCCAGGACGAGAUCAAGAGCGUCGACGAAGCUAUCAAGUCUGGCCCCAGCGCCGGAGGCGAACCGCACAGCGCCGCAAACUCUACCCUACCUCCGUACCUGCAAAUUUGCAGCAGAGCUGUUACUCCUGACUGCAUCGCCUACCUGUACAAGAUUCCCAAGGCCACAGGCACCAACAGCACCAACCGCCUCGGCAUCUACGAGUCCCUCGGCGACGUCUACUCGCAAGAGGAUCUCGACCUUUUCUACAGCAAGGCCGCUCCGUACAUCCCCGCCGGCACCGGUCCACAGCUGGACCUCAUCGACGGCGCCACCGCACCCAACAGCCCCGCCAAUGCCGGCGGCGAGUCCCUGCUGGACUUUGACAUGGCGAUCCCCAUCAUCUACCCCCAGGGCACCACCCUCUUCCAGGUAAAGGCUGAUCAGUACUACAACAUCUUUGGCGACUUCCUCAGCGCCAUUGACAGCGAUUACUGCAGCCAGGAUCCCCUUUUUAACAACCAUAAAAUGUGCGGCUCGUAUGAGCCGACCAACGUCAUCUCCAUCUCCUACGGUGGCCCCGAGGAUCCCACCGAUCCCAAGAGCGCCCAUCGCCAAUGCAAUGAGUUCAUGAAGCUCGGACUCAUGGGCAUCACCACUGUUGUUGCCAGCGGCGAUGCUGGCGUCACUGACCGCAACGGCUACUGCCUGGGCCCUCACCAUGACAUCUUUGUCGCCGAUGAUCUUUGCAGCUGCCCGUACAUCACCGCCGUCGGCUCUACCCUCAUCCACACUAUUGACAAGCCCGAGUCGGCGACCGAGUCCUUUUCUUCUGGCGGCGGCUUCAGCAACAUCUUCACCCGCCCGACGUGGCAGGACGACGUCGUCGGCCACUACCUCCUCCGCCACAACCCCGGAUACUUUGCCUACAACACCUCUGAGGGUGACAUCCCUGGCGACGCCGGCAUUUACAACCGCGGAGGACGUGGCUUCCCUGAUGUCGCCGCUGUCGGCGACAACGGCCUGGUAGCCGUCGGCGGCAGUCUCGGCUUGUCUGGCGGCACCUCCAUGUCUGCGCCCAUUGUGGCCGCCAUCCUGAACCGCAUCAACGAGAAGCGCCUCAGUGUCGGUAAGGGGCCGAUUGGAUUCGCCAACCCUGCUCUGUACGCCAUGUCCAAGCGCAAGGGGACCUUCAACGACGUCACAGUCGGCAACCAGGAGCUGGGCGGUGUUGGUAGCGACCGUGGCUACAGUGCCUGCGGCAACAACGGCUUUUCUGCCGUCGAGGGCUGGGACCCUGUGACUGGUCUCGGUACUCCCGUGUAUGAUAAGUGGGAAGCCUACUUCCUCCAGCUGUAA